GACAGAAUAGAACUGCCCCAUGGGGUUUCCAAGGAGGGGCUUGUGGAUUUGAACUGCCAACCUUUUGGUUAGCAGUCAAGCUCUUAAUCAUUGCGCCACCAGGCUCCUGAGCUCACCAUUAGCACUCUUCGUCUAGCCCUGCAGGAUGUCGCUGCUCAAACUGUCAUGGCUGGGAUUCUGGCCUGGGACUGCCUCUCCAUGGCUGCUCCUGCUGCUGGCUGUGGCCUCCUGGCUCCUGGUCUGCAUCCUGGUCUCGACCUACACCUUCUAUGACAACUGCCGCCGUCUCCGAUGUUUCCCGCAGCCCCCACUGCGGAGCUGGUUCUUGGGGCACCUGGGCCUGAUUCGGAGCUCGGAGGAGGGUCUCCAGUACACACAGGGCCUGGCCAGCACUUUCGGGGAUGUGUGCUGCUGGUGGGUGGGGCCCUUGCACGCCGUUGUCCGCAUCUUCCACCCCACCUUCAUCAAGCCUGUCCUCUUGGCCCCAGCUGCCAUUGCACCCAAGGAUGUGGUCUUCUAUGGUUUCCUGAAGCCCUGGCUGGGAGAUGGGCUUCUGCUGAGUGGUGGUGACAAGUGGAGCCGCCACCGCCGCAUGCUGACACCUGCUUUCCACUUCAACAUCCUGAAGCCCUACAUGAAGAUCUUCAAUGAGAGCACAAACAUCAUGCAUGCCAAGUGGAAGUGCCUGGCCUCUGAUGGCAGCACCCGUCUGGACAUGUUUGAGCACAUCAGCCUUAUGACCCUGGACAGUCUGCAGAAAUGCGUCUUCAGCUUUGACAGCCACUGCCAGGAGAAGCCCAGUAAAUAUAUUGCUGCCAUCUUGGAGCUCAGUGCCCUUGUGGUGAAAAGGCACCAGCAGAUCUUCCUGCAUUUCGACUUCCUGUAUCACCUCACUCCUGAUGGGCGGCGCUUCCGCAGGGCUUGCCGCCUGGUGCAUGACUUCACAGAUGCUGCCAUCCAGCAGCGGCGCUGCACCCUCUCAGAACAGGGUGUCGACGACUUCCUCAAGGCUAAGACCAAGGCCAAGACUUUGGACUUCAUCGAUGUGCUCCUGCUGAGCAAGGAUGAAGAUGGGAAGGAGUUGUCAGAUGAGGAAAUUCGAGCAGAAGCCAACACCUUCAUGUUUGGGGGCCAUGACUCCACGGCCAGCGGCAUCUCCUGGGUUCUGUACAACCUCGCCAAGCACCCAGAAUACCAGGAGCGUUGCCGGCAGGAGGUGCAAGAGCUCCUGAAGGACCGCAGGCCAGAGGAGAUUGAAUGGGAUGACCUGGUCCAGCUGCCCUUCUUGACCAUGUGCAUCAAGGAAAGUCUGCGGCUGCAUCCUUCAGUCAUCAGCAUCUCGCGCUGCUGUACCCAGGACAUAGUAUUUCCAGAUGGCCGGGUCAUCCCCAAAGGUGUCAUCUGCCUGAUCAGUAUCUUCGGGACCCAUCACAACCCCUCUGUGUGGCCGAACCCUGAGGUCUAUGACCCUUUCCGCUUCAACUUAGAAAACACUCAGAAGAGGUCGCCUCUGGCUUUUAUUCCCUUUUCUGCGGGUCCCAGGAACUGUAUCGGGCAGACAUUCGCCAUGACCGAGAUGAAGGUGGUCCUGGCGCUCACGCUGCUGCGUUUCCGCGUCCUGCCCGACGACACUGAGCCCCGGAGGAAGCCAGAGCUGAUCCUGCGCGCCGAGGGCGGGCUGUGGCUGCGCUUAGAGCAGCUGGGCGCGAGACCGCAGUGGUCCCAGGGACUGAAUGUGAAGGACUCAGAGCUGUGCUUGGCACACAGUCAGUGAUGAAUAAACGUGGCCUUUUUACCC